AUGCUGGAUACACCCAUAGAUGAACUACAAAACGACAUCUUGUACACAUGCUACAGCCGAACAUGCAAAGAUGUAUCGAAUAGAAAUCAGCUAAUCUUCUGUGUAACCUGUAGACGUGGAUUCCACUCUAAAUGUUGCGAUCCACCGCUAAAAUAUGAUUUUGUUAGCUACUAUGAGUGGCAGUGUAAUCGUUGUAAAUUGUGUGCUAAGUGUCAUGUCCACGAGGAUGAUGAAAUCAUCGUCAUUUGCGAUUGCUGCGAUCGUGCCUAUCACCUAGGAUGUACACUAGAGAAGUAUGAUGAAGUUCCAAGCGGUAGAUGGUACUGCGAUGAAUGUUCCUGUUGUAUUGUUUGUACGGUUAGACUUGACCCUAAGGAAGUGAAACGGCAGAGACGUGCAAAAAAUAGGCUAAAUAUCAUCACCUGCACAAAUUGCACAAAAAUCUAUUUUCAGGAGGACGGGUUUAAGUUGGAAAUCUGUGACUGUUGCAACUUUGCCAUCAUAGACACCAUCAAAUGCAGUUUCUGCAAUGCAAUUAUACAUAAGGAGUGUGUUAAUGGGAAUGGAGUUUGUAAAAAUUGUGAGUCACUCGGUAAUGGUUAUCAGGAUCCUAAUGACGUCUAA